GGAAUCUAUCUUCGAACAAAUCCUUCCGUUCUCCCAUCCCAUCUCACCUGCCCAUUCUACUACUCCUUCUACCGCCCCAUUCUACUACUACUCCUUCUUCCGCCCCAUUCCACCUCCCACCUCCCACCUUCCACACCACAUACAGCAAUGACAGUCAUCUGGGGCCUGGAUCUCAAGGAGAUCCAAUGGAACAAAUUCAAGAGUUCCAACAUGUUCACCCGCAUCUACCACCUCCGUCGCACCAAGAUGAUCGUCUACCAGCUGGCCAUGAUUCUGUGUGUGUGCUCCGAGUCCACCGGCACGGCCGCCUUAUCAGACUACGUCGACCAACAAAGCUCCAUCGAGCGCCAUCACCCAGGAGUAUCAGUCUACAACAACGACUUCGUCGGGGCGGCCUCCUACAACAUCUUCGUCGGUGUCGCCGUCGCCACCAUCUUCGGCGCCGCCUUUUUCUUCGAUCUAUUCUGGCCCGAGCGCCACGAGAGCAAGUCCGUCCGUCUGGCGUGGAAGAUCUGCGGUGUGGUGGUGUCCAUCAUGAUGCUUAGCUCGGCGUUGACGAUGACGAUAAUCACGGCAACAAGGAGUGUCCAGGUCCAUGGCACGGAUGCCGCCGGAGCGAGAGAGUUCUGGUCCGAGUCGAAGAAGAAGCCUGCUUUCGUGUACCGCAAGAACCCCAAAGCCCUCGCCUCGGUGGUCCUCGCAUGGCCCGGCUGGGUAUUUACCGUCGUCAGUGCAAUCAUCCUAAUUGCCUCGCAAAACCACGACGACGUCCACGGCCCCAAGUCCAACUACGGACGCCAGAUGGAAGGAGGGGAGAAGAUCCCCGAGCCCGAGUCCGCCAAUGGCCUACAUAAUCAGACGUUGCGGGAGUAAGCGAGCCAUAGACUGGCUUCGAUGAUGACACAAAAGAGAUUCCCCACGAGAUUUGUUACGACUCAUUCAGGAAGCACAUGGUUUUGUUUUGCAAGGGAUAUCAGCGUUCGGAUUGUAUAGAUACGGCGUUCUAGGAUUUUUUCCCUUCGCCCUUGACUUGGCUUUGGGAUCGUGAGAUCAGGGUCACGAGUUCGGCGUCGUUAACUUCGUUUUCAGCUUGCUUGUACAGUACACUAUCGAAUACCGCCUACCUGUAAUUAUAGAACCGACACCACCACCUGGCGAAUACGAUUAAUGACU